CGUCUGUCCAUAAAGUAUGUUCGGGCUGUAAAAAUAAUAUACCAAAAAAAGAGUUUAUGUCAUGUUCUACAUGCAACAAAUUGUACGACUUGUUUUGUGCAAAUAUGACUAUGAAAAUAUUUUCUACUAUGUCAUCCGAGUAUAAGAAGAGUUGGAAGUGUUUUGAGUGUCAAAGUCAAUUGCCAAAGUCUGAUAACUCAAACACUCCUAUACGAAUGCAGAACCGUACCAACAUUAUGACAUCAGACGACGACAAUGUUCGUGAGGUGGAGAAUAUAACAAUGCGACCAAAGAACAAACCGAGUUCAGUUAAUGAGGAAGGUUUACGCAAUAUGAUUAAACAGGAGAUGACAUCCACCAUACAAAAACUGGUCUCGGAGCAACUUGCGAAUAUUUCUCAGCAAAUUACAGGAUUUCAUGAGUCAUUAACAUUUCUUAGUAAGCAGUACGAUGAUCUUCUCCAAUCUGUAAAUGAAAAAAACAAAAUUAUCGCAGGACUUGUUACGAAAAAUGAAGGUUUAUCUCAGCAGGUUAAAACCUUGACGGAAAAGGUGAACAACAUUGAACAAAUCAUGCGUUCACCGAAUCUCGAAAUAAAUGGCAUACCGGAACAUCAUUCAGAAAAUCUAGUCAAGACAAUAGAACAAUUGGGCAGAAUUAUUGAAUCUCCUGUUGAAGACAAGGACAUUCUCCAUGUGACUCGUAUAGCUAAGCACAAUAAAAACUCUGACCGUCCACGCUCCGUUAUUGUCAAACUCUCCAGUCAACGACGACGCGAUGAAAUAUUGGCUGCAGUCAUGAAAUUUAAUAAAAAAAACGUGGAUAAGUUAAACUCUGAACAUUUGGGAAUAGGUGGAUGCAAGAUUCCUGUUUUUGUAUCUGAGCAUCUCACCCCUUCAAAUAAACACUUACAUGCAGCUGCUCGACUGAAAACAAAAGAAGCAGGCUUUAAAUUUAUCUGGGUUAGAGAUGGUAGGAUUUUUGCAAGAAAAAACGAACAAAGUAAAGUGUUAUUCAUAAGAGACGAAGAUAGUUUAAAAUUAAUUGUUUAACCUACAUUACCAAAUUUUUACAAUGAUAUUAUAGUACACCUUUCUUUAAAAUGUCGUUAGAUAUAUACUACCAGAAUACUAGAGGUCUGCGUACCAAAACUGAUGAUGUAUUAAGAAAUAUUUCGAUUAGUAAUUAUGACUUGAUUGUAUUCACCGAAACCUGGCUAACCUGUAAUAUAUCUAGUGCAGAACUUAUAGACGAAAGGUACUUUGUUUACAGAAAAGAUCGUUCAUGCACAACCAGUUCCAAAAAAGACGGUGGAGGUGUUUUAAUCGCGGUAUCCAAAGCUAUUCCUUCGGUUAGACAAAUAAAUUGGGAGAGUACUGCUGAAGAUCUUUGGAUAACAAUCACAGUCAAAAUUCAUAAUGUUGCUAAGAAAAUAUCUAUUUGCGCUGUGUAUCUACCACCUCCCGUCUCUUUGGAGGUUCUGACAUCUUUUUUUGAGAGUGCAACCUCUGUGAUCGAUCAAUCAGAUCAAGUAAUAAUAUUAGGUGAUUUUAACCUGGGUUUUGUUAAGUGGUCUAAGCAAAAUAUUGUUGAUCCAUGUAGUCCUUUAAACUAUGAUUGUAAGCUGGGUUUAGCACUUAUCGAUUUUAUGUCAAUGAAUAAUGUUUCUCAAUACAAUGACGUGUUAAAUGUGGAUAACAGAAUUUUGGAUCUUAUUUUAUCAAAUUGUCAUGGUAUAAAUGUAUAUAAAUCUGUUAAUUCACUAAGUAAAAUUGAUCCCAAGCAUCCCCCUAUUUGCGUUUCCCUAUCAAAUCAUUCUCCUCAA